AUGGAUGAAAACGAUAAUGAUAAUGAAAAUGAAAAUGAUCAGUUGACUGCUUUGUCAGAAUCGUUACCGACAAGAACGCUACAUCAAUAUAAAACAUUUAAUACACAAUAUAUUCAAUGGUUAAUUAAAAAUAAUAUUAGUGAAAAUAAUACAACUUAUGAUUCUUUACCUUUAUCAUCAAUUUUAAUUCAUAAAUUUCUUUUAGAUACAAUUAUUACUAAAACAAAAUAUUCAAAUAAAUUGUUACCUUUAUUAAAAUCAUAUAUUAAUAGUUUUUUUUUCCUACAAAAAAUUUGUAAAAUUCAUGGUAAUAAACAAAAUGAUAUUGAUACAUUAUAUUUGGAUGAAAUUAUUAAUUUACAUAAAUAUUGGUUCGAAUUAAAUGAUGAAACUUUAAAUUUACCAACUUUAUCAAUUAUUUCAUUUAAUGCUUGGAAUCCUUUUACACCACAUUUGAAAAAAACACAUUUUAAAUCAACUUUAGAAAAAUUGAAAUUUUUAGUCGAUUUUCAUUUAAUGACUUAUUUAGGUUCAAAUUAUUUAGAUAGAUCGAUUUUAAAAAUUCAUGAUUUUAAAUGUAAUGAUAUUAAUAAAUAUCAAUUAUUAAUAUCAAAUAACUCAAAUAAACAUUUAUUACCACAAAAUUCACCAAUAUUAUGUCCUUUUACCUCAAUUGCAACUUAUUUAUUUUUCAAAUUUUAUGGUGUUAUUGAUAGUUCAAAAGGUGAUGGUUUCCCAAAUUUAUUUAAUGAAGAAUUAAUUUCCUCAAUGGCUAUUAUUAAUGGAAGAUUAUUAUCAAAUUACCCAAAGGAUUCAACUUUAAAUUCUGCAUAUACUUCAAUGUUUAAAUAUUGUAAUCAACCUUAUAAAAGGAAAAAUUAUUUUGAUACUAUUGCAUUACCAUAUCCAAAUUUUAAUCAAGAACAAAUUGAUUCAAUGAGAAAUGAAUCAAGUUUUAUAGAUGGAAUUCCAUUUGAUAUAACUUCUAUUUUUAAUAUGAGAAGUCCAUAUCAGCCUUAUAAUUCUUUUAAUAUUAAUGAUUUCUUUAAGGAAAGAGGUCAAGUGAAACCACCUGAAUCUAUUGUAUUUCAAUUCUUCCCCGAAAUUGAAUUUUAUAAACAAAAGAAAAAUUAUAAUAAAUUAUCGCAAGUAUCAAGGGAUUUAUUGAAAACUUUGGAAAUUAUUAGAUUGAUCUUUGUUGCAAAUCUUCCAGUUAUUCAUAAAAUAUUCCCAAAUCAUGAUCUUUUCAAACAUUCAAUUUUUGAAAAUACUGAUAUUAUAUCAUUUUUAAAUGAUUCGAUAUUUCAAACUAAAAAUGUUUCGAAUAAAAUUUUACCUUUGGUGAAUUUAAAUAAUAUGGAUGAUGAACAAUUAUUCAAACAGUUAAUUGAAAUGCCAUCGAUAAAAAACUCCGAUACCACCUUGCAGCAACAAAAUCAGUCGGUGUCUUCCUCGUUGGUGCCAACUACGACUGUAUCGAUUGAUGAUGAUAUGCUGGAUGAAUUCAGAAAACAAAAUUUCCAAUUUGUUCAAUUUCAAACAUUAUCCAAUUUUAAAACAUUAAUAUCAUUUUUAACUAAGAUCUUUGAUAAUAUGUCCAUAAAGAGAUCAUCAAAGGAAGAAAUAUCUAAACAAUUAACAUUAUUGAAUGAUUCAAUAAUUGAAAGGAUUAAUAAUUCUACACCAAAAGAUAUCAAAGAUUAUUUCUUGAAAAAAGAAUUAAUUAAACAUAAGAAUGAACAACUAAUCCAAUACAACGACGAUAAUAAUGAUCAUGAAAAUGAUGACAGUGGUAAUGAUACUUCCAUGAUACUUCCUCAACCCAGAUUAUUGUCUGAUAGUGAAGAAUCCGAUACUUCAUCUUUGAGUGAUGAUGAACCUCCAAGUGAUACAGAGUCUAUGCAAGAAGAGUUAAAAUCGAUGAUAGAAGAAUUCGUUACAUCAAAAGUUGAUAGAAUCGUCUCUCAACAUUUAUCAAAUUUUGAAAACAAAUUGGAGUAUAUGGUUGAAGAAUUAGUCGAUGAAAAGAUUGAUAAAAAAUUACAAAAGAUCGAUUUUUCAAAAUAUAUAUCAAAGAGGAAAAUAUCAGACUUGGAUAUUGAUGAAUCUCUAGAUAAUAUACAACCUUUAAAAGUACAACGCACUAAUCCAUACAAAAAGAUAAUAGAAGAUUCGAAAUUUACAAUUAAAAAUACAGAUUCUAUCUUAACUUCAAAUGAUUCUCAGUCCACUCCAAAACAAAUGAGCAUCACACCGCAACCACAACCUCAAAAGUUUUCUAUGAACGAGAAUAUAACGGACAUAGAUGAUGUAAUAUUAGAAUGGUUUACACCCAAUCCAAAUAUGGGUAACCAGUGUGUUCAUUCCAUGAAUAAGACUCACGAUAAGUCAUGGAGAACUGAAUUUGAAUCAUUAUACAAACAAAGGAAACAAAUCGUCGAAUUUUAUGUGUAUCUGAUAAACACUGUAAAAUAUGACAGAUAUAAGGCCAUUGAUGUUUGUAAUGAAAUAAUGGAAAAGAACCACUUGUCAAUAAAGGAACUUUCAAAAUUUUUGAAAAGCUGGAAAAAGAACCACCAUUCCUCUUUCGACGGUAUUAUAUAA